UUUGUUUCACAACAAAUGGCAUCAUCUUCAUUCUCCUUUGCCUUUUACUCCGUCUUCCUCAUUGUUCUCCUUGCACAAAACAACCUCUCAGCUCAAGGAUACCAGAACAUAAGCUUAGGUACCACCUUUACCCCCCUCACUCAGCUAACGUCAUGGCCUUCUCCAUCCGGUGACUUCGCCUUUGGAUUCCUUCCCCUCGAAACAGAUCCCUCUCAGUUUCUCCUUGCCGUUUGGUUCAACAAGCUUCCUAAUAAAACCGUUGUAUGGAUGGCCAACAGAGAUUCCCCAGUAAGAAAUGGCUCAAAAGCCGAGUUAACAUUUGAUGGAAACCUCUCUCUUACAGACCAAACAGGCCGAGAAAUAUGGAAUGCUAGUGUGAACACUGCUACGUAUGCCUCAAUGCUCGAUAAUGGAAAUUUCGUGCUUUCAGGUACAGAUUGGCAGAGCUUCUGCUACCCGACCGAUACAAUUUUGCCCGGACAAAUACUGAACCAGGGGGUGAAGCUCUAUGCAAAGAUCAUGGAUGAUGAUUAUUCACGAGGGCGCAUCGAGUUAACGUUGCAGGAUGAUGGGAAUCUUGUGUUGUAUCCUGUAGCUUAUCCUACUGCAUUCGCGUACGAUGCAUAUUGGUCUACUUCGACAUCUGGUUCAGGGAUCAAUAAACUUGUGUUCAAUGAGAGUACUGGGAGUGCUGUUCUCUCUUAUCCCAAUGGUACGGCGAUUCCCGUGCUAUGGUCUGUUCCUGCUGCUACUGGAGGCAAUUAUCUGAGGGCCACGCUAGACCCUGAUGGUGUUUUCAGGCUGUACGCCUUCCCAAAAAACAGUUUGAGCACUGGAAGGUGGGGGGUUAAAGCUUUUGUGCCUUCAGAUAUCUGCGAGUCACUGUUUGAAAGUCGGGGCAGUGGCGCUUGUGGAUUCAACAGUUUCUGUGUUUUAGACGCAGACGGGAGGGCUGAUUGCCGGUGCCCUCCUCACUAUUCAUUCUUGGACCCGGACAGGAUAUAUAAGGGCUGCAAGGCUGACUUCAUUUCCCAAAGCUGUGAUCUCGGAGGCGAAACAGCGUUCAAUUUCACGGAGAUCACUAAUGUCGAUUGGCCGUUAGCAGAUGCUGAGGAGUUCAGUCCUAUGGGUGAGGCUGACUGCACAGAUAAUUGCUUAAAAGACUGUUUUUGUUCGGUCGCAAUAUAUAACAAUGAAACUUGUUGGAAGAAGAAGUUUCCUCUAUCAAAUGGAAGGGGGGGAAGCGAUGUCAACCGAAAAGCUUUCAUCAAAUUUUCUACAGUUAGUGAUCCAGCAAGUCUAAUUAAAGAAAAGAAAGAAUGGAAGACGCCGAUUCUUGUUGGCUCAUUGGUCUUCGGUUGUUCUGCAGUUUUAGUUCCGCUCAUUGCCUUUGUGAUGCAUAAAAGAAACAUGAGAGCUUUGCCUCGAACCUCAGGCGCCGUCAUAGGCCCAGCAUUGUGCUCAUUCACCUAUAAAGAGCUCGAAAGGGCAACUAAAGGAUUCAAUGAAGAGAUCGGCAAAGGCGCUUUUGGUACAGUUUAUAAAGGAGUCUUACCAUCACAACCAGCAACUCACAUUGCUGUGAAGAAACUGGAGAGCCUAUCCCAAGAUGCGGAGAAAGAUUUUACUAAUGAGGUUGCAACCAUCGGCCUGACGUAUCACAAGAACCUAGUCCGAUUGCUUGGAUUCUGCAAGGAGGGAACACAUCUACUCAUGGUUUUUGAGCUCAUGAGCAACGGAUCGUUAAACAGAUUGCUAUUCAGGAGCGAUCGACCAGAGUGGAACCAAAGAGUAAAAAUCGCGCUUGGGAUUGCAGAGGGACUAGCAUAUUUGCACGACGAAUGUAGAACUCAGAUCAUACAUUGUGACAUAAAACCUCAGAACAUACUGUUGGACGAUAAUUUCGAGGCGAGGAUAUCUGAUUUUGGUCUAGCGAAACUUCUGAGGCUGGAUCAGACACGAACAAGCACGGGCAUCAGGGGAACGAUAGGCUAUUUUGCGCCUGAAUGGUUUAAGAAUGUUGCGAUAACUGCGAAGGUGGAUGUCUACAGCUAUGGGGUUAUGUUGUUAGAGAUUAUUUGUUGUAGGAGGAACUUCGAGUGGGGACCAGAGAGCCAAGAAAAGUUAACGGUGAUCGGCUGGGCGAAAGAAUGCUAUAAGAAUGGGAGGCUUGACUUGUUGGUAGCAGAAGAUGAGGAGGCGAAGAAGGAUGGAACAAGGUUAGAGAGGCUCGUGAUGGUGGCGAUUUCUUGUGUACAGGAUGAACCAUGGCUGAGACCUUCUAUGAAGAAAGUGGUGCAGAUGCUUGAAGGAGCAAUCUCUGUUUCCCUCCCUCCGAAUAUGUGCUCAAUUUUAUCAUAGACUUCGAAGCAUGGGAUCCUACCAGUUGUUUCCAAAUUGAAGUGCAUAGUGUUCCUUACUUGAACUUGAGCAGUUAUAAUUAGUACGUGCAAAGAGAAGCAAGGUGCUCAUUCAUUUGGAAAAUGUUCAAAUAUAUAUGUAAAUGUAGUUAUAUAGAUUUUUUCUUAUUACGAAUUUAAGCUUAUUAAGGGUUCCUUUUGUUUAAUCUGGAUUUUGGUCAAUUUCUUCCAACUUCCAAGAAUUAUUCUUAGUUAAUGUCGAA